CCUGCGGUGGUCCUUUGAAUCGGGGCCAAACCGCCCCGAUUCGCCCAUGCGAGCACAUGACCAGAGGAUCAAACUCGCCAUGGCGCGGCGGGAGGAUGCCAUGGAGUCCUACAAGCGAGGCGACCUCAUCGGUGCUGAUGAGGCGUCAGCGGAAGCAGGGGUCUGGCGCGAAUGGAUGUAUUUUUUGUCAGGGGGAGGCCAUUCAGCUCGUGGAGGGGCCACCGAUGCAAGGCCGACCCAGGUCGGUCUCAGGGCAGCAGCACGAGGAGCAGCUUCUGGCGGACUGCCUCUCGAACCGCGCCCAGUGUAUCCUGGAUAUGGCCCAGGGCAAGGGCGUUCUGCCAGAUGGCACGCCCUUCUCCAAGCAGUUUGAGGAGGCCGAGCAUUUCGACUACUUCAAGCGGCAAGCGGUGAAGCAGGCCGAGGAAUGUGCUGAGAAGGCAUGCUUGGUGUGGUGCGACGACCGCAGCUUGUUCCGCCUGGGCCUGGCGCGGAAGAUGACCGCCGAGUCGGCUCGAGUUGAGGCGAUGUGGGUAAUGAAGGAGGAUAACAAUGAGAUCAUGAAGGAUGCUGGCAGGUGCUUUCUGAAGGCAAUGAAGGCCCGGCCGAACCCACAGACGCAGAAGAUGUUGGACGAGGUCAAGGAUUUUCUCGCGCAACGUGAUGUCUUCUCGCUCUACCCAGAGUACGUCUGAGCGACAGCAUCUAUUCAAAAAGCUUGCGCGUGCGUGAUGCGCACUACCGGCGCGGUGUGAAUCAAUGCAGGCUUACUGUAUUUAGACGAUUUGCGCAG